CUUCCGCCCCGGCCGCCAUUGGAAAGCUGUAGCCAUGGCCCUGCGCUACCCCAUGGCUGUGGGCCUCAACAAAGGCCACAAGGUGACCAAGAACGUGAGCAAGCUGAGGCACGGCCACCGGCACGGGCGCCUCACCAAGCACACCAAGUUCAUGCGGGACAUAAUCCGGGAGGUGUGCGGCUUCGCCCCCUAUGAGUGCCAUGCCAUGGAGCUACUCAAUGUCUCCAAGGACAAACGGGCGCUCAAGUUCAUCAAGAAGAGGGUGGGCACCUACAUCUGCGCCAAGAGGAAGCGCGAGGAGCUGAGCAGCGUCCUGGCCGCCAUGCAAAAAGUGGCCGCCAAGAAGGACUGA